AGCCCGGGGGCUGACUGUGGACACUUUCCCAGCAUACAAUCACACACGUUGACACAAUCACUUCAUUGUUCCAUUCCCUGCUACUCCGUACACCCUCAAGAAUAGAUGGGCUAGACCAGCCAGCCGUGCCAAUCUGGCACGACACUAACCGACACUAGGCUCGAGUAAUAUCGGACAAGACAAAGAAAUCCAAAGGCUAGACAAGACUAUUCCGUGCAAGAGAUGGGCUGGAAAACAGGUUCACCUCCAGUACCUGGCAAGGAGACUUUGACCCGAUCGGCCAUGAAGAUCAUCUCAUCAUCUCUUGCCAUUCAGAAAAUGGUGCUGCGUAGGCUGAGCGAUCUCGACCGUUCCAGAGGAGCAUCACUGGUCACCUCCAGGGUCCCCUGCUGCCGAGCGCUCGUCUCUACGGCGUACCUUGUCACAUACCUAAUCUGGGGAAACAAGUUACUUCAAGUCCGACCGGUUGACAUGGUGAAUCACGCCCUGUACCUCUGCAAUCUCAACCAGAUUAAUUUUGCCCCGUCCUUCCCUUCUCCCCUUAUCCCGCAAGUAGGUAAGCCAGUUAAUCACUCCAUACCGGGUAUAUCAAAAGAAAUCCCCCCCCUCCCCACCGGCCCGGCCGGUAAGGAUUGUACCUUUACCGGACGGGGGCCUUAAGUCGAGUUGUUAAGGUCCGGUCCCUACUGGAACCAUGGAUCCAUUCGGAGCUAAAUCAAUACUGUCAUAAGUUAUAGGGAGGAGAUUAGUAGCUGGAAAGCAGUGAUCAUCUAUAAGGACAUUUCUAGCUUCGCUUACUUCCCCUUAGUCAAGACGAUGUGGGGGGGGGAAGGUGGGUUUUCACCCGGAGUUUUGAAAUUGGCGC